CAGGCUUCUGCCCCUCUUGGUGCGUCCGUUAUCAUGGGCCUAGACCUCAGUCAUCCUAAUGACUUCUCCUAUUGGCUCAGAUAGCUUACCCUCGACUCUGACAUCCGACACAGACGGAUGACACCCUGCUAGGACACUUUCCCUGGUUCGCGUGGCAGAUGUCACAUCGCGGAAGAGGUGCAGGUAGAUGUCAUGAAUCGCAUACGCUCAAUCCUGAGCCGCGACAAGAGCUUACCCACAACAUGGAUCCAGUCUGGCCCCAAUGAAGGCACCGAUGAGGGUAUAUCACCAGCGAAGCUGCCUAGUCCAGAGGAACAAGGCACCAGAGCCUCUAUGAUCUGGACGCGGAAGAGGGUAGUAUUGCUGGUGAUCAUGAUUUUUCUGGGUGUAGCCAUUAUUGUCGUGGUGAUAGCUGUUCCGGUAGUCCUUCUGGACGAUGGAAGCUCGUCUGAUGACCCCAGCUACCACAAUCAAUCCAAUCGCCCAAUCCGCGUGGUGGAUGAUUUUCCCGAUCCUGGCUUGGUCCAUGUGAAUGGCACGUGGUAUGCAUAUGGUACCAAUGCCAACGUUCCCCAUGUCCCGGUAGCUACAUCGCCGAAUUUCACCACUUGGACCCGACGGCAGGGAUACGACGCAUUGCCGAUACUGAGCAGCUGGGAAACGAACGUCGAUCACUACGCUCCGGACGUAAUUCAACGGGAAGACGGCCGAUUUGUCCUUUACUACUCGGGCGAACUAAAAGACUGGCUACGCCACCACUGCGUCGGCGUCGCAGUUUCCAAUGGAACAAAUCCCUUGGGACCUUAUGUGCCACGCAACCAAACUCUCGCCUGCCCCCGAGACCAAGGCGGCGCGAUUGACCCGGCUCCUUUUAAAGAUGUCGACGGAACUCUCUACGUGGUUUACAAGGCCGAUGGCAACAGCAUCGGACACGGAGGAGACUGCAACAACGGCAACAAACCCAUUGUUGCGACGCCAAUCCUGCUCCAGCAGCUGCAGAAAGACGGGGUUACUCCGGUUGGCGACCCGGUUGAGAUCCUGACCAACGAAAAGGUUGAUGGGCCUUUGGUGGAAGCCCCAGAUAUCAUCCGAACCGACCAGGGCGUGUACUAUCUGUUCUUUUCAUCCCACUGCUACACAUCGCCCAAGUACGACGUGAAGUACGCAUGGUCGACAUCUCUCCGUGGACCAUACAUCAGAGCUGAACGGCCGUUGUUCAGAUCUGGAGACUUUGGGCUCGAGUCUCCUGGGGGAGCGACUGCAUCUGUAGAUGGGACGAGGAUGGUCUUUCACGCCAAUUGUGGUGAUAAUGACCGGUGCAUGUAUGCGGCCGCGAUCAACAUUAGCACCAAUCAUACGAUCACACCGGCUGCUUUGGGAACAUAG